AUGGGGUUUCCAGCCAGAUUAAGGAGGCUGGCACGAGCUUCUGGCAGUGCAUCCAGCGCCUCAACUGCGGCCACUCAUGAUGAAUCCAAUCAGACGUCCAAGACGGCAACUGUGACGGAAACGUCCGGCUUUGAUGUGCCAGACAUCGACGACACGGAAAAUAUCAGGAAAGUCAGCGAAACCGCGGCAAUCGAACAGGAGACUGAAGAAGAUCCAGAAAUAGCUGCACUCCCUCGUGAGGUGCGCCAAUUGGUCAAUCUAAAUGAUGAUCCCUCCUUGCCGACGAUUACUUUCCGAUACUUUAUCCUGGCGGUGGUCUUCGUCGUGCCGGGCGCUUUUCUCUCCCAAAUGAGCCAGUUCCGUACCACACAAGCCCCCUAUUCCAACUUCUUUGUGCAGAUUGCCUGUCACUAUGCGGGACACUUCCUGGCUCGGGUGCUGCCGCCCUGGAUCAUUCGCGUGCCUUUCACGCCCUGGUCGUUUAAUAUGAACCCCGGCCCGUGGAGCCCUAAAGAGCAUGUUCUUGUCACCGUUACCGCCGCCUCGGGCGCCAUUUACAACCAGGGAUACACGCCAAUUGCGCUAGCGGAGCUCUUCUACGGCGAGAGGUUGAACCCAGCAGUGGCUAUCUUCUUCAUGCUUGCGAUUGUUUGGGUGGGAUAUGCGUUUGCCGCCAUCGCGCGCCAGGUCCUUCUGUACGAUCCCUCGUAUAUCUGGCCGCAGGCUCUGAUGCAGACGACGCUGUUCGAGACAUUCCGAAAACAAGACACCUCGUCGCCCCUUGCACGACGCCAGCUGAAGCUCUUCUUUCUUUCCUUCCUCGGUAUGACACUAUGGCAAUUCCUUCCCGAAUACGUUUUUCCUUUCACGUCGUCCCUCGCCUUCCUGUGCUGGGUGGCACCUCACAACCCCGUCGCCAACUUCAUCGGCUCCGGACUCGGCGGCAUGGGCUUCCUAAACCUCUCCUUGGACUGGUCCAACAUCAACUGGAAUGGCUCAUCCAUCCUCCUCACCCCCUGGUGGACGCAGGUCGUGCUCUUCGCUGCCUUCGCCUUCAACUGCUGGGUGCUCCUCCCCGCCGCCAAAUGGGGCAACCUAGGCUCAUACAAGCACGGUCUGAUGUCCAACAGCCUCCUCAUGGCCAACGGCACCACCUACCCCGUCCUCGACGUUCUAACCCCAGACUUCCGCCUUAACCAAACCGCCUUCGAAGAGUACGGCCCCAUGUACAUGGGCCUCCAAUACGCAUGGUCCACUUUCUUUGACUACGGCAAAAUCACCGCCGCAAUCACCUGGAUCGCCACCUUCGGCUUCCUCCAGAUCUCCUCGAACUUCAGCAAACUCAUCGCCUCCUUCCGCCGCUCCCCCGACGGCUCCAAGCCCCAAUCCAUCAACCACCAAUACCACGACCGGCUCAACGUCCUCCAGCGCGCAUACAAAGAGGUCCCAAUAUGGUGGUACGUCGUGCUCUUCCUCGCUGCCUUCCUCAUCAUCAUCAUCGCCCUUGCCCGCGGCUUCCUCUGGAUCCCUAUCUGGACGCUCUUCGUCGGGCUCAUCACCUCCGCCAUCUUUGUCAUCCCCUUCGGCUACCUGUACGCCAUCUCCAACUACCAGCUCUCCAUCGGCACCUUCAACGAGAUGAUGUACGGCUACAUGGUACACACACGCGCCGGCGAAUCCCACCGCCACCCGUGCGGGCCAUCCACCUACGGCGCCAUCGCCGGCGACGCAUGGUACCGCGCGCAGACGAUGCUCCAGGACCAGAAAAUCGGCCACUACAUGCACGUGCCGCCGCGCACCGUCUUCUUCUCGCAGGUCUUCGGCACCAUCCUCGGCGUGCCGGUCAACUACGGCGUCAUGCGCUGGGUCCUCAACACCAAAUCCGACUACCUGACCGGCGUGAAGCCCGACCCGCUGAACCAGUGGACUGGGCAGACCCUGCAGAGCUAUAAGACCAUGGGCGUGCAGUACGCUGUGAUCGGGCCGAAGCGCAUGUUCGCGCAGGGCCAGCUUGCGGUUCUGCCCUAUGCGUUCCUAGUGGGUGCAGUGCUCCCGCCGAUGCUGUACGUGGCGCAUCGCUUCCUGCCGAAAUGGCGCAUUGAUCUCUGGAACGUGAGUAUUUUCUUCUCUGGCAUGGCGGUGUUCUACGGAAAUGUGAGUACCGGGUACACGUCUGCGUUUAUCGGCGGAUAUGUGGUGAUGUACUGGGCGUAUCGGAAGCGGUUCGAGGUGUGGAAGAGGUAUAGUUACAUGAUUGCGGCGGCGUUCGACGCGGGGUUUAAUCUGAAUAUGUUGUUGAUUUUCUUGUUCUUUGGAUCGGGCAAGCAGAUUUCGAUGCCGAAUUGGUGGGGGAAUAAUGGGGUUUCGGUGGAGAGGUGUUUUGCGCUGGAUUCAUGA